CUUGUGCCGCUCGCCCGAGGCGAAGGGUACGUGGGUCCCGCAGCAGGAGCCCGGGCUGUCGUAUGUCCGUCCUCUUAUGCAAAAAUACAAGUCAGCGCUUAUGCUAGCUUCGAUUCCAGUCGCCCUUCCCAGGCCUCGUGUAAGCAAAACAUUACUGACCGAAGGCCGCUGGCCUUCGCUGGGCCUCUGAACGUGGGAGAGGAGAAACCAGCUCGAGCGGGUCGUAAAGGUGGGACAGCAACGGCAACUCAAAAUGCCUAGAAAAUGCUGGAAUUGAUAACGGGGGGGAAGCCGUGCGGCCGGUCCUUCCAAGCUCCGCCCGACUAUGCAGCCUGCUGUCCCGAAGGCAUAGCAGGUCCUGCCCUGAUUAAAAUGCUAAGCUUCUGCACAGCAAAGUUGCUCCUGGAGAUAGGACCGAAGAGUUAAAAAUGUAACCGCACUCUGUUGACAAUCAUUUUCUGGUUAACUAUUAAGCUCGCUACUAGCUGUGAAGUGUGGGUUUGCCGUUCACCCUUGCUUGGGAGAGACAGUUGCAUCCUUAUGCUUUCCAGCUUCUCUCGAAUGAAUGAGCCAGGCUUUUGCUGGCAAUUGGCUGCCCUGGGGAGGUUCGUGCGGUCGGGAGGUUGGAAUGUUUUGGAAAUAUGCUCGUGUGGUUUUUCCGUCUUAAACGGUUCAAGUCGUGAAGGAAACGGGAGGUGUCGGUGGCCUGUGGGUACAGUGAAAUUUAGGUGAGGGAAGAGAGCUCUUAUUGUGAAGGCUGCUGGAGGGCCGGGGGGGGGCUGACCAACAGUCGAAAAGUGAAUGCACUUAAAAAUAACCUGAGGUUGACUGACCCUAGAGUCAGGUCCGUGUUUUCCAAAGCAGCCGCUGGACUCGUGAGUUUGGUUUGAACCCGUGGGAGGAGGGGUGUCCUCACGGAGGGGCUGAGCAUCCGCGCAUCUCAUCGACGUCUCGGGGAGCGGUGGAUGCACCGUUGUUUCUCUGCAAAUCAGUCUUGCGCUGCAUGCCCCCACCUGACAUUUUGGCUGUGCCGUAGCGCUCCGUCUCCACUGGACCUCGCAAUGCUUUCCCCAUAACAUCAGCACGAGCCCUGCACAGAGUGGUGGCAGGGUCGGCGCACUGGGGAGAAGGAGAGCUGGCUUGAUGCAGCAUUGCUCGUGUCUGGCCCCAGGCCAGUGGCUGUGGCAUGGUGCUGUGAAAACCUUUUACGCCUCAGCAGCUCUGUGAUCGAUGUGCUGAUUGAGGCCAGUCCACCUGGAUGCCUGGGAGGUGACUGUUUCAGGUGUACCUGGUAUGUUGAGCUGGGCUAAGGGAGGCACCAGAGCUGACUUGAGGAGCGCAGGGUUACUUGUUUGUCCUGUAACAAGCCCGCAGCAGUCUGCUUCAACAAGUUUUGGGCCAGAAAAGGUCCCUUUCCUAUAGCAAUUCUGCUACUAAACAUGCAGGAUCCUGUAGGCUCGUUGCUCUGCCACGUCGAACCGGCACCGGUCACUGGACGUCAGCGCUGGAAGCACUGUAGAAGUACUCAUUGCAACUCUCCAGGGAAGGGUGGACACUCACCCCUUUCACAGAGAGGGUGAACUGGAGCAUAAACAGCUUGUUCAAGGUCAUAAGAUAAGUCAGCCUGGAGGUUGGGGUUAGAAGGCAGGAGUUCGUUGUUCCCAGGUUUCCCACUAAUCCACUAAUCCCUCCUGUCACGCAGGAAGCUAGAAGUUGAUGUGCCAUCACGUCGAGGUUUUGGGCCGAGCCAGCUCUCUGAUUAGUCGGGAGGGAUGUUUAAGGUCGCAGGAAAAGCUUACCCAGUGCCAGAUGGGUGACGGCACAAGAAACCAAAUGGUGAAAUGAUUGGAUGCCUCAAGUCCUUAAAUUCAGAAAAGCCCAGGGAGGCUGCUGCGGGGUAUGAGAAAAAUAGUGUUUUGCAGGGAUGUGUGCGUAUCGGCUAGGGUUUAACGAGGAACACCCGAGUUAAUGUUUUAUCUUUUUAGACUCUGAUGCAUUUAAACAAAUGUCAGCUUCAGGACAGACAUGGUCAUGUUUCAAGGUAUUCUGUUAGAAGAGGUCUGGAUGAAGGCAGCCGUGCACGCAGUUGCCAGUCAGAACAGGGGCGGCCUGUAACUGUAUAUAACAAGGGGCAGGGGGGAGAGACUUUGGUCAUUCUGUCCCGCGGGCCUAUCGCUGGACCUCCUCUUUGAUGUGGACAUCUCUCUGGCAAGGUCCCCUCUUCCAGACCCACUCUAAACCUUGGCCGUUCUUUCUGUACCGUGCGCCCAAGGUGCAGCCCUUCCUGUCCAUCUGUGCUGCGUGAACCCUUGUCAUCUUGAUUACCGCACCUCGCUUUCCCCAACCAUGGCAAAGGUGAUCUUACCCUGCUUGUAGGCACUGGGGAUGUUGGGCGCUUGGAUGUAGGUACUUGCGAGCCUGCCCUGUCUCUGUGCAUGUCUCCCCUGCAUCUCCCUUCUCUGUGGCAUCAGAUGCUGGUCAUCCCUAAAACAUUUUGGUGCAGACUCCUUUAAUUUGGGUAUUCACAUGCUUUUGAUUGAUCGCAGUCUUCUUUCCCGGACCCCUUAGACAUAGUCUGCGGACCCUCAGAGGUCUGCAGACCAUGGGUUGAAAACCAGUGGCCUGCAACAAAGUGGGUAGUGGUUAGGCUGCUAACGUGUUUCGGUGGCCUCCGUGGACUGGGCUGGAUAGCGCAGAGAGCUGUCCGCUCCGCUCUCAGUAGCUGCUUGGGCUGUCCUGUUUGGAGCGCCAGUCCAUGGGUAGUGCAGUAGUCCCAUUUUCUGCAGAGAUUUAAAUUCAAGACAAUACUGCAAAUGAGGGAUAAACAUCUGCCUUGUCGGGCAGGCCCGGGGUUGUGAGGCAGGGGAGUCGGGUCGUGGACCAGGCUGGAUUAACCCGGCCAUCCGUGGAGGAUGCUGGCCUUGCAUGUUUCAUUAGCCUCACUCUUUUGCACCAGCGCUUCUGCAGAAAUGCCUUUCAAGAGAUGGGCAUCUUGAUGAGGAGGAGACUGGCUUCACCUCCUCAUCCUGCCAUAGCUGUCUGAUGAAGAAGCCUGGGUCUGAAAACAACUCGGUGCUCCCAUCGGUUAACUUUCCCUGGGCCCUGUUUGCCAAAGUUACGAUCUGUCCUGCUGCUAGGAACUGGCCUUCAGUCUGGUUGUGGAGGAGCUCCCAGCUGCGGUCUCCUUUUAGAAACGAGAGAAUCAGCUGUGGUCCGGGCUGCCAAGAUUUUCUAUUCUGUGGAAAGUGCAUUCCAAGCUCCGUUCAAAAUGUGGGUCUCCUGGACUGCGCUGAAUAGCACACUUGGCUUUGCUACCAGGCUUUUUAAAAAGCCAUUUUCCAGUGCUCAGUGUCUGGCUCCAAUUGAGCAUAAUUUAGAAUCAUGCAAGGACUUUGCAGCAUUCUUCUCCUAAGUUAUUGUGCUGCUUGGGAAGGAAGGAGUUGUCUCUGCUUGUUGGGGGCAGGGGGGAAGUUGCAUUUGCCUUGUACUUUGGAAUUAAGAAAACCUGUUUAACUUCAGGAUGCUUCUGCUAGUGAAAAUGCCUAUUGCGUGAAACAUUGAUGCUGUCUUCAGCGUUCGAUUAAACAAGCAAACAUCCAUACAGAUCUCAUGAGCAUUAAAAAUGCCAUGGAUUCUUUAGACAUAAUGCCUUGGGGUUUAAAAUCUUGACUGCGAUGUCAUUGGGGAAUGCUUUGGUUCAAGUUCAUGGAUUCCCCUUUGCCUGAGGAAGGGUACAUGAGCCUGAAAGCCUACAAAUACAGGAUUUUUUGCAGCUAUUCAGUUGGCUUAAUAAAAGAUAUCGGCUCUACUAAGAGUUCUGGAUUGGUCAAGCCUUUUUGAAAAUCUUCCUGGGGAAAGCGAUGAUGUUUGCCCCAGAAAGUGAACUUCAGCUUCUGGGAUUUCAGUUCUUGUCGCGUCUCUCCCCAUCAGGUUCAGUUACUACUCGGUUUCCUUCUGGGGGCAAACUAAGACUUCUUAGCUUCAGUUGAUUGUUCCCAGUAUCUGUGAUGUAAGGCAAUGUCUGUUAGUGAUGUGGUGAUGAACAAACCGAAAAACCAGAACCAGAUGGAGCCAACUCGCUGCGGAGCCAUGUGGGAGGCUGGCACUUCUUGGUGGAGACGAGUGGUUUUUUUUUUUCUUUCCUGGCAUCAGACUGUUCUGCCCCAGGUGUAAUCUGCUUUAUCUAAUGUUUCCCUAACAAAUGUGCCUCCAGGCUCUUCUCGGGAAUGGAGCUCCGUUUGUACAGUCACAAGGAACUGCUCUUCUCUGCCAGAGCAGCUUCCAGUCUGAGAAACUCCUGAUGAGGGAUGGGAGAAGAGAUCUAGCCUGUGCUUGGUUUCUUGGAGGAGACUCAGGAGAGGUGCUGCUCCCUGGUGGUGUUUCAAACGGGUCUCACAGUGUUUGUCCUAGCCAAAUUUUAGACGAUUGUAUCCCACCUCCAAAAUCCCUCUUCAGCUUCAGCUGACUGCAAGGUUGGAGACUUCCUUUGCAGCUCCGAAUUGCGCUGUGUUGCUAGUAGCUGUGUUUGUGGGGUGGUUGAAGCCCCCCGUAUUAGGAUACGGGGAGGGGAGGUGUGUUACGGAUGUCAGUUGUUUGAGCAACUCCACUUGACGUUGCAAGCUUGUGUUGCAGACCUGGCAUCAGCUGCCUUCCUGUCUUCACCGUCUACGGGCCUCUGUGCUUCAGUCCCAGAACAAAGUGUGCCCCCCAGUCCCUAAAUCUCCUUGCCAUGUACUGGGUCAGACACUGGGUCCACCUUGCCCAGUCUCCUGUGUCACAAAGGGGCAGAGGCUGAAAGGGAGAAUGAACUGGGUCUGACCAGGGUUUUUCCGCUGGUCCUCGCCCACUUGCAGCCUCCAGCAUUUAAGGUCCAGAUAGCCCUGAUUCAGAGGCCAUGCCCCUCACUCUUGUGCUUAAUAGCUACUGACGCCCCUUUCCUCCAAGAAUGUGUCCAAUCCUGUUUUUCAAUCUAGUUAAACUCUUGACAGCUAGAAAAGUGCAACAGCAAACUGGAGAUAUGCUGCUUGUUUUACUGCCACAAAUCAAGCUUGUCCACGACUAUAUGGAGAGCGGACACGUUCCUUUAGCAGCCAGAGUCAUGCGGUCGUGCUGUUGCCUGUCAGAUCGUUGUGCCUGGCGUUGCAAAACACGUUCAUCAUUGCCACCAGCGUGAAGUGGAAGGAGCUAUAACUCUUCCGCCUAGCAAGCACGCCUGGUAUGGGUAAUGGUGUGAAGGAAGGGCGAGUGGGUCUCAAACAGAACAAUGUGGAGCCGAUUGUGGCCGCCCGUCUCCUACCUGAGGGGGGUCCAGAGAAGAAGAAAGUGCUCAAUUCCCUGAUGUCCGGUGCCUUGGCUGGUGCCGUGGCCAAAACGGCUGUUGCCCCACUGGACAGGACAAAAAUCAUGUUUCAAGUGUCUUCAAAAAGAUUUUCUGCCAAGGAAGCCUACAGGUUCAUCUACCGCAGCUACCUCCAUGAUGGCAUCUGGAGCCUGUGGCGCGGGAACUCGGCCACUAUGGUCCGGGUCAUCCCAUACGCUGCCAUCCAGUUCUGUGCACACGAAGAGUACAAGCAGCUCCUGGGCAGCUACUACGGUUUCCAGGGAAAAGCGCUACCUCCCUUCCCGAGAUUCAUCGCCGGAUCGCUGGCAGGCAUGACAGCAGCCAUGCUGACUUACCCCCUGGACCUGGUCCGGGCACGGAUGGCAGUCACACCAAAGGAGAUGUACAGCAACAUCAUUCACGUCUUCAUCCGCAUCUCUCAGGAGGAAGGGCUGAAGACCUUGUACAGGGGUUUCACACCCACCAUCAUCGGUGUGAUCCCAUAUGCUGGCCUCAGCUUCUUCACCUAUGAGUCACUGAAGAAACUUCACGCAGAUCACAGCGGGCGCUCGCAGCCGUACCCCGUGGAGCGGCUCCUGUUUGGGGCCUGCGCGGGCCUGAUUGGCCAGUCGGCCUCCUACCCCCUGGACGUGGUGCGUCGGCGCAUGCAGACAGCGGGGGUCACAGGGCACACGUACAGCUCCAUCCUCCUCACCAUGCAGGAGAUCAUCCGUGAGGAGGGACUGGUCCGCGGCCUGUACAAAGGGUUGAGCAUGAACUGGGUCAAAGGUCCCAUCGCCGUGGGAAUCAGCUUCAUGACCUUUGACCUGACACAGAUCCUACUCCGGAAGCUGCAGCACCGCAUGGACGUCCAGAGGUGAACAGCCCUGCUCCUCCUGGCCUGGGUAGGCUGCCACCUCCUUGCGUUUAACACUUAGAUGCCAGGAGCAGAGCCCAUCACGCAGACACCAAGCUGAAGGUGGGCUCCCGGCUUGUAGAAGAGGAGGUGCCCCUCCCUGGGUCCUGCCAGCAAUCUCUGUCUGGCAAGCAGGCCUUGGCAGUGCCAUGCUGUGGGUCUGAGGUGAGUGCCCGGCCGGGCUGACUGGAGCAGUUGCAUCUCCUCUGAAACAGAUAAGGCUGUGCUGAAUGCCUCCUGCACCAAAAGGCUCUGUGUGCACCCACCACCCCUCUUCAUUUCCACUUCCGUUGUGGUCUCGUUGUUGCCUGUCUAACAGCCCACAUCUGAGCCUGUCUAGAGCCAGCAGAGGCUGCGGCUGGCAUGGAAAGAGCUCAGAGCACCAACACGGAGCUCCUGCGCCUGUCCUCACCCGGGGUGGGAGCAAAUCAGAAUGUGAAUUGGAGGCAAAAGCAGGUCAUCUCUAUAAGCCUCCCCCCAUGUCCCUAAAGGCAGCAUUUCCCAAGGGUUUUAGCAGAUCCCAGUAUUAGGACUCCAGAGAGGUAAGAGGGGGUGCUGCCUGCUCAAAGCACAUCCCCCACACCGCCACCAGUAUUAUCGGGCUUGCUUUAUCAGCACUGCAAGAACAAACAUCUUGUAGGGGUGUGCAUGCGCAUGCAUGGUGUAGACCUGUCGCUGUCCUCUGCGGUGGCUGCAUGAAUGGGAUUGACCUAACAUUUACCCCCUGCUGCAGAGCCACCCUGCUGUGUGGCCAGGCACUGCCUGGCCCUGGGCAGCCCAGCGGGUUCGCUUGGGCUCUGGCAGUUUUCCCCUGGAGUUCUGUGGGGCCAGCUCGGCCCUGGGGAGUCCUGCGCGGGCUGCUGUGGCCCCGUGCCGGGCUGAGCUGCGAGUGCGAAACCGACCCCAAAGCAUGUCUGAACGUAGCUGGGGGGAGUGCCCUGCGAAGUGGUGCUUUGAGGGGCUGCUGCACACUCUUAUGCUGGAAAGAGGCCUCUCACCUCUCUCCUCCAGGCAGCUGAGGCCCAAGGGGAGGUCUCUUCUCAGUCUGGCAAGGGUGCUGCUUGUGGGGGAAAGGUGGCGGGGAUGAAGUGGGAGGCAGGCAGACUCCAGCAGGAGCCCUGCUGCCCCCAGGCAUGAUGUUCUGUUCUUGCAUUGCUCUGGCUGGCUUAGGUCUCUGUGCUUGCUCCUGGAGCAGGCUCUACUUCCAGUGCCAAAUGUUUUCCAGCGUGAGUACAUGCGACAGGUGCCUGCCCAGACCCUGAUCCCCUGUGGUGUGGUGGGCCAAGCUGCUAGCUUGCUUGUUGGCCUCAGUGUUACCUCCACAGCAGCGCACAGGUGAGGUGAGGCCUCAGUGCGGUCUGCCUGUGAGUGUCAGCCGUGGUGACGCCCGUCCCGGUCGCUGCCUUGUCUUAGAAGUCGAUUGCUGUCACCAGGUGUUUUAAGGGCUGCACAGGCCACGGGUCUGUGGCAGGGGACAGUCUGAUGCCUCCCUCCAUGCAGGCGAAGCUCCGCUUGUCCCUCUGCAGGGACUUGAGCCAUUCCCUGUCCCAGCGGGGACGCUGCCCUUGUCCGUGGUCAGAUGGGGCCCUUGGAGGCAGCAUCGCACGGUGACAAGAGAAGCAGAGGAGCAGCUGGGGCUCUGCAGAGCUGUCUUGGCACAGUCGGUUGGCUGUCGGGUUCAUCCGAUCCCUCUGGGCUCCUCUCUGGGCCUGCUGUGCUAUAGUCGCUGCUCCUGGGAGCGAAGCAGCACCGAGGGGGCGCAGGAGGUGGCUGGGUGGUUGCCCUGCACUGCCUCUCUUGCCCCUCCACCCCAGGCAGUGCCAUUCUGAAAGGGCCCUGGAGCAGAGGAGCCUGGUGGGAUAUGGCCUUUGGCUGGGGAACCUGGGGGUGCGUGGGGCGAGGGGAGGGGGCAGCUGAGGCCUCCGCACCAAACCUCUGUCGCCCAGGGCGAGCCUGGAGGUGCCUGGCCCCAGGGAGCCUCCUUCCCAGCUGCACCUGAUUCUAUCUUAAACUCUAGCUUCAGCCUAAUAUUUCCCUGACUUUCAGGCCCGUGUUAGCUGAGAAACAGGCCAUUUCCUGUCCGUCACGGUAACGUCCGUGUUCUUCCAUUGCUUACACAAGUGUUCUUGGAGAGACCGCGCGUGUGUGUGUGUGUGUGUGUGUGUGUGUGUGUGUGUGUGUAAAAGAAUGGAUGUGGUGGGGGGGGUACAGGGAAAUACAGGGAGGGGCUGAUCCAUUGGAGGCAAGUCCCUGGCUCCUGCAUGUGCCCCAGAGACCUCUUCAUGGGCUCUCCGGGAGCGCUGGGCUUGAGCGAGGCAGCUGGCCGCAGGGUAGGGUGGUCAGGCCUGCAGCAAUGGCAAGGUAGGUGGCAGGUCUGGGUGCAUGGAGAGCUUACGGGAGAGCAGGGCGCCCUGGAGCAGCCGUAGCAGAUGGGAGCGAGGGGUGGAAGUGUGGCGAGGCCUGCAGCGAAGGCGUGUCUGCUGGUGCCGUGGCGGUCGUUCUUACGAGCGUGGCCAUGCAGAGCGGUAUAGGCCUGUCGCUUAACUCGGGCAGGUCUUGUCUCGGCCGGGCUGGAGCGCGACCAGGCUGGCACCAGACAGGCGCAGCAUCUCCCUGGGAGCAGCGGUUUGAAUGAAGUCCAGCACCAGGGAGCAGAUCUGGCAAAGGCAGGGAAGCAAUAUUGCACCGAGAGCGGGAACUGCCUGCUGCGGUUCCUUCCAUCCCGCUCGGGGCCGAGACGGCGCGUUGUGGCCUGGCCCGGCUGGGGCCAGGGAGGGGAAGUUGUGAAUAAAAUCAGUCCUGUCCUUGCAGCGUCCAGUUCUCCCUCCCUCCUCCCCGCACCCUGCCGGUGUGGUCUAUGCAUCGAGCACAAACCCUGUCCAAUGCCUUUGGUUCAGAUGUGUCCCCGCCACGCGUAGGUGCCCGUGUGUGCGGGCAGACAGAUGGCCUUCCUUGGGAGCCGGAGCUCUAUUUUGAUGCCGUGAAGACACUUUGUUACAGAAUGUUUAUAUCUAUUUUAUGAUUUGUGCCAAGAGAGGAUGUAUAUUUAAUAAAAAACAAAACCCGCCUCA